AUGAGAAAGGAGACCAACCUACUAUGGCUCUCAUUUCUAUUCCGAACCCUCGAUCAAACUCCUGGUAAGCAAGCUAUCAACGAGAUAGGACGGUUUCCCCACAAUCUACGAGCGUUGUAUGAUUCCAAACUUGAGAGAAUCAAGAAGCUAGAUCAAGAGCGGAGACAAGCUUGUUUAGAGAUUCUGAUGGCUGUGUCGCUUGUAUACAGUCUCCCGAUUUACUUGGACACGCUUGCCAUAGUUCUCGGCUACGAUGAGAACCACAACUUCCAUGAACAAGAUGAACAUGAAAUCAACAUCAUCCACAACACCGCUAGAGAAUGGCUAGAAGGGAACAGGGGGGAACUUCUCAGCGAGAAAAUGCAAGGGCACGCAGAUAUUGCCAAAAACUCAGUCAAGGCCAUGUCUCGGUUGAAAGCUAUCGAUAUUGAGCGCCGGAACACUUCCGAUAUUAUGCUUUGGACGUCGGAAAGCCUGUUCUGGCUCUACCACUUACGGGAUGCAAUGAAAACGAACCCCGAAAACGUCAAGGAGCUUUGUGAUAUUGGACUUGGCUUCUUGAGGGAGUACUCAUCUCAGUGGCUUUGCUGGCUUAAAGUUCUUUCCCGGGAUCUUUGGGUUAGGGGCUCUUCGAAUAGGUUUUACAAGCCUCUGAGCCGUACCUUGAGGUUCGCCGCCCCAUAG